CGUAAUUAUUAAAGAGAACGAUGUCUCCUUAAGUGCCGCCUCGCACCUUGCGCGACACGACCUGCUCAAUUGCAUUCGCGGCUGCACCACAACGAGCGAAAUGCUGCAACGAGGUUGCACGUUCGACUGUAGCGCAAACACCCGGGCAACAUGCAAUGCAAACCCGCUGCUGCAAUUGGGCGGCCUUGCCGCCGGGCCGACUGCCCGCCUCUCCCGGCCACUGCUGGCGAGCGGCUCUCGGACGCGACGGGCGACCGCCGGGCCCUGCCCGUGGGCCCUGCCGGCCUCCUCCAGGGGCGCCCAGCGCCCUACCAGCAAGCCGCAGUCUGGCAGCAGCUCCAAGGCAGCUAGCAAGCGGGCGCCGCACGGCGGGGCGGCCCCUCAGGAGCCGGCUGCUCAGCCCGGCAGCACCACCACCCCCACCACCCCCAGCACCCCCACCAGCAGCAGCAGCGCCCCCAGCGCCGCCGGCAGCUCGCCAGUGGAGGGGCUGAAUGAGGAGCAGCUGGCGGCAUGUCUGGCGGAUGCGCCGGUGGCACGAGUCAAGGCGGGCCCGGGCAGCGGCAAGACGCGGGUGGUGGUGGCGCGGGUGCAGCACCUGGUGGCGGAGCGGGGCGUGCCGCCGCACCGCAUACUCGCCAUCACCUUCACAAACAAGGCGGCCAACGAGCUGAAGGAGCGGCUGGCGGCGGCGGGGUGCGGCGUGGCGGAGGCGGCGGCAGCAGGCUCUGGCGCUGGAGGCGGCGGCGGCGGCCCUGUGGCCAAGACCUUCCACGGCCUUGGGGCGUGGAUGCUGAGGCAGUCUGUGCCCGCGGCUCCGCAGCUGGGUGUAACCCCCGGCUUCAAGGUGCUAGACGCUGACCAGAGCGACAAGCUGAUGCGGCGGGCCGUGCGCGAGGUGGAGCAGCUGCAGCAGCAGGCGGCGGGAGGCGGCGGCGGAGGCGGCGGUGGCGGCAGUGGUGCAGUCAGCGGGGCUGGGGACAGCAGUGCUAGCAGCAACAGCAGCAAUAGCAGAAAUGGCAGCAGUAGCAGCGGUGACGGCAGCAGCAGCAGCAGCAGCCGGCCGCUGCCGGUUGCCCUGCCCGCGCUGCCCGCAGACGAGCUGACCAGCAGGGCCGUGGCGAUCCUCGGCGAGAGAUUGAGCGAUCUGAUUCCGGAUCUCAAAAUGCGGCUGGCGGCGGCGGCGCCCACAGUCCCAGAGGGGCGCGAGCUGGACGCGGCGACGCGGCUGCCGGCGGCGGAGCCGGGGCAGGCCCGGGCGCAGGCGGCGCUGCCGCCGGCGGCGCCCGAGGCGUCACGGGUGGCGCGGGGAGUGGACGACAAGGCGGCGGGCGACAAGCGGGCGGUGGCGGCGCGGUGGCACCGCAAGCAGGUGCAGGCGUACCUAUGCAUGUACCAGAGGCUGCUUCGCGAGCACAACGCCUUUGACUUCUCCGACCUGAUCGCGCAGCCCGUGCGGCUGCUGGCGGCGCGGCCGGACCUGGCGGCGGGCUGGCGGCGGCGGUUCGACCACAUCCUGGUGGACGAGUUCCAGGACACGGACCCGGCGCAGUACGAGCUGAUCAAGCUGUUGCUGCGGCCGCCGUCGGCUCCAAGUGACCCCGGAACGCACCUGUUUGUGGUGGGCGACCCCGACCAAGCCAUCUACGGCUGGAGGGGAGCGGAGGUGGGCCACAUGAGGGACCUGUUGCCCCGUGACUUCCCCCACACCGCCACCUUCCUCAUGUCCACCAACUACAGGUCCGACCCGCACAUUGUGGCGGCGGCGGACAAGGUCCUCUGGGCCGGCCAACCCACCACCUCCCCCCGCUCCUCCUCUUCUUCUCUCUCCUCCUCCUCCCGGUCCUCCUCCUCCUCCUCCGCCCAGGCGCGGGAGCUGUACAAGGCGCCGGUGCCGGCCCGGCCGCCCAGUGCCGCCGGCGCCGCCGCCGUGCUGCGCGGCCUGGUGUUCCCGGACCCCCAGGCGGAGGCGCGGUGGGUGGCGGGCCGCGUGGUGGGCUGGGCCAACAGCGGCGAGCUGGGCCCGCGCGGCGCCAGGCGGCUGGGCGAGGUGGCGGUGCUAUACCGCAACAGGGACAUGUCUCGGCCCCUGGAGGAGGCGCUCACGCUGCGCGGCGUGCCUUACACAGUGGUGGGCGGACAGCCCUUCUGGAGCUACGCGGACGUUGCCGACGCGGUCGCAUACCUGCACAUCCUGAUGGACCCACUGCGCUGUGACGUGUUUUUGGAGCGUGUCAUCAACGAGCCCAAGCGCGGCCUGGGUGACACCUCACUGGACAAGCUGCGGACGGCGGCCCGGGAGCGCCGCAGCACCCUCAGCCGCCUCAUCUUUGAGGACUGCCUACAGGGCGCAGACGGCGGCAGUAGCAGCAGCAGCGGCGACAGUAGCAGCAGCAGCGGCGACAGUAGCAGCAGCAGCGGCGGCAGUAGCAGCAGCAGCGGCAGCAGCGGCAGUAUCGGCGGUGUUGCGGCGGAGUCCGCGGCUGCGGCGCCACUGGCGCUGGCGGGCGGGUUGGUGCGGGAGGACUGGGUGUUGUCGCCAGAGCUUGCAACGGUGGAGGGGGCCGCCGGCAUCGCAGCCUCGUUUGCUCCGGAGGUCGGCGAGGGCAGUCCCCUGCACGCCAUCAAGCUGACCAAGGCCGCCAAGCAGGGGCUGCAGUCGCUGCGCGGCCUGCUGGUGUGCCUGCGGCGCAUGGCGGCCCGCGGCGCCGCCGUGUCGGAGCUGCUGGCGGCGGCGCUGGCACUGUCGGGCUACCGGGCGGCGCUGCUGCAGGCGGAGGCGGAGGGCGCGGGCAGGAGGGCCGCAAGCAGCAAGAAGAAGACCGUGGCGGAGGAGGCCUCGGAGCGGCUGGAGCGGCUGGCUCAGCUGCAGGAGCUGGCCGCCAGCCCCGGGGUGUGGGUCACACACGACGACCCGCUGGAGCCGCAGCCGGGGGGCGAGGAGGCGGCGGCUGCUGGGGAGGCGGAGCUGGCGGGGGAGCCCGGAGAGGAGGCAGAACGGCCGUCGGCGUCGUCGUCUGCAUCGGAGGCGCCGGCGCCACAGGAGCCGGGCCCCACGGCUGCGACGGCGGGUGCGGCCGUGGUUUCCCGGGGCCUGGCGGGAGUGGGCCGCUUCCUGGAGCAUGCGGCGCUGGUGACCGGGGCCGACAUGGCGGACAGCGGUGGCGGCCGUGGUGGUCGCGGCGGCCGCGGCAGUGGCAGUGGCGCGGUGCGGCUGAUGACGCUGCACGCCAGCAAGGGUCUGGAGUUCCAGCGCGUGUUCAUUGUGGGCGUGGAGGACGGGCUGCUGCCCUCCGCGCGCUCCGCCGCCGACCCGCACCGGCUGGGUGAGGAGCGGCGGCUCUUCUACGUGGGCGUCACACGCGCCAAGGACCAACUGUUCCUGUGCCGCUGCAAGCAACGGCUGAUGUACGGGCGGCCUGAGGCGCUGCAGCAGUCGCCCUUCCUGCGGCACCUCCAGCUGAAGGAGGAGGUGCUGCAGUGACGUGUAGGCUGGAGAGUCAGGGGCGAGGGGGAGAACAGCUGAAACGACACGGCAGGUCAUGCGGAGAGCGGAUGGACCGUGAGCAUGAGCAAUACAAGGGAUUGUGUUUUUGUGUUGAGUCCUGUAUCAUAUUUCUUAGUAGGUGAGCAUACUUGAAUUGGCCCUGGUUCGCUGUCGUAUGAAACGUUCCCG